GCGGCUGUGUGGGUUUCUUUACACUCCCUGGCAGGCUUGGGUGCCGGCUCCCUCGCCUGCCUGCCCGCCCGCCCGCCUGGGAAAGUGGGUUAGGGAGGGAAGGAGCUCAGCUCAGACACUGGCAAAGGAGCAUCCAGCCACAGACAGACCAGAGAAGAACACCUUCCUUUUGCAGCUUUCUCUUCGUCUUUUCUAGAGGGUUUUAUAUUUGUACUCUAUCCUUUUAAAUUGUGCUCCUUUGGCUACCCCCCCCACCCCGGCUUGGGUUUUAUGAGGGCUUUGUUAAGUCUUAGAGGGAAGAGAGACUGAGCCAGGGAAAGAGAGGCAAAGUGGAAAGGAGCACAAACUGGCAAAGCCCAUUCUGCCUUGGCUGUUGAUGAAAGCCCUGUGUUUGUAAAGCCCUCUCGGCGUGAGCAGCACGCACACACCCUCCAGAGUACACCCGGACCUGCACCUCGGCGUGGCCACCAUGGUCGGCAGAGUUCAGCCCGAUCGGAAACAGUUGCCGCUAGUCCUACUGAGAUUGCUCUGCCUUCUCCCCACAGGACUGCCUGUUCGCAGCGUGGAUUUUAACCGAGGCACGGACAACAUCACCGUGAGGCAGGGGGACACAGCCAUCCUCAGGUGCGUUGUAGAAGACAAGAACUCGAAGGUGGCCUGGUUGAACCGUUCUGGCAUCAUUUUUGCUGGGCAUGACAAGUGGUCUCUGGACCCUCGGGUUGAGCUGGAGAAACGCCAUUCUCUGGAAUACAGCCUCCGAAUCCAGAAGGUGGAUGUCUAUGAUGAGGGUUCCUAUACUUGCUCGGUUCAGACACAGCAUGAGCCCAAGACCUCCCAAGUUUACUUGAUCGUGCAAGUUCCACCAAAGAUCUCCAACAUCUCUUCGGAUGUCACUGUGAAUGAGGGCAGCAAUGUAACCCUGGUCUGCAUGGCCAAUGGCCGCCCUGAACCUGUGAUCACCUGGAGACACCUUACGCCAACUGGGAGAGAGUUUGAAGGAGAAGAAGAAUACCUGGAGAUCCUUGGCAUCACCAGGGAGCAGUCAGGCAAAUAUGAGUGCAAAGCUGCCAAUGAAGUCUCCUCAGCGGAUGUUAGACAAGUGAAGGUCACUGUGAACUAUCCUCCCACUAUCACAGAAUCCAAGAGCAAUGAAGCCACCACAGGGCGGAAAGCUUCACUCAAAUGUGAGGCCUCGGCAGUGCCUGCGCCUGACUUUGAGUGGUACCGGGAUGACACCAGGAUAAACAGUGCUAAUGGCCUUGAGAUUAAGAGCACGGAGGGCCAAUCCUCCCUGACAGUGACCAACGUCACUGAAGAGCACUAUGGCAACUAUACCUGCGUGGCUGCCAACAAUCUGGGGGUCACCAAUGCCAGCCUAGUCCUUUUCAAGCGUGUUUCACCCACAAUCCCUAUUCCCAUUCAAGAAAUUGGCACCACCGUGCACUUCAAGCAAAAAGGGCCUGGGUCGGUGAGAGGAAUAAAUGGAUCCAUCAGUCUGGCCGUACCACUGUGGCUGCUGGCAGCAUCUCUGCUCUGCCUUCUCAGCAAAUGUUAAUAGAAUAAAAAUUUAAAAAUAAUUUAAAAAACACACAAAAAUGCGUCACACAGGAUACAGAGAGAGAGAGACAGAGAGAGCGAGAUGGGGGGAGACUGUUUAUUUUACAACUUUGUGUGUUUAUAAAUGAAGGGGGAAAUAAGAAAACCAAGAAGAAAAUACACUUAAAACCAUUUUAAAGUCCAUCAAUAAAAACUUAACUAUAAAUCAGGGUGGGAAAAGUUCUACAAGGAUAUGUGUAUAUCGAAGCAAAUAUAUACUAUAUAAAGACUACAUCAUGCUAAGGACACCUGGAUGUUGUAAAAAUAAGACAAGUGAAGAAGUGUCAGAUGGAUAUUAACCCCCCCACACACACUUUAUCCUUCUUUAAUUCUUUUUCAUCUGUGGGGAAAGAAAAAAUAAGGUCUUGCCUUUGGUGUUUAUAUUUCCAUCAUCUUUUAAUUUUGUUCUUCAUUUGAGCUGACUCAUAGCCAUUUCAGACUAUCAGUGGAAUCCGCGCUGGAAUCAUGUGUUGAGCCUUUACCUGGCUUUCCUGCCUCCACUCUCUCUCCAACUUUUAAGACCAUCUCCUCCCCCUCCAGUGUGUUCUAUCUCCCCUACAUCCAUCCCAGAGACUCCCUUUAUACCCUCCACCCCCAUAGCUGUUGCUUCUUCUCACCCCCUACCACACCCCCCAGCACUAGUCAUGCCGCAAACUCUAGGAAGUGCCAUUUUAAUUUUCUCCACUGUGCGUGCGUGCUCAAGUCUCUCGCUCUCACGUGGGUGUACAUGUGUGUGAGCGUGUGUGUGUCUCUCUCUAAAGCAUGCCAAGGGAAUGGUCCAUGUGUACAUA